AUGACGAUCGAAACAACGCAAUCGCCGCCGCCCGCGUCGAAUUGCGCUCUUGGAAGUGCCCAGAGACUCGAACGCCGCGGCGGAUCCCUCGUGGCCAUCCCACACUACGUGAAAAAGACAGGGUACCGAGCCGCGAACGCGUACGGCGCGAGGCCGGUCUUCGUCGCCGAAACGACAUCCGCGAGCGCGCAACAGAAGGUUCUCGGCGCCGCGCGCGACGCCGGCGGUCGAGGCAAAGGCACCGCCCGAAAAGCGCUCAUGCCCUACGCCCCCGACGCGCCGCGAAACCGUCCUCGCGGGAGUUUGCAAAACACCAUCGGUCGCCGAUUCGGCCCGUCGUGCGCGGCGACGCUCAAGCGCGAACGCUACCGCGGCGCGAGCUCGAUUUCUCUCGCCGACGGUUCCAUCCACGAGCCCUGGCGCACGACCAAUCAAGUCAUGGUCCCAUCUCAACGCGUGGUUCAGACCACCGGAUUAGACAAUCCCGGCAUCUCGUCGACGAUCGCCAAGCGCGUGCACGCCUCGCAGCGCCGAUAG